UUGCAUGUGGGCGGGGCAGACCUGGUGGGAGGUUUCCUGAAGGCAAAAAGUGAAAGCCGAGGGGCCAGAGAGUGAAGAACCGCCUGAGUCUUGAGGCCCCGCCCUGGGCGGAAGGAACGGAGCGGUUUAGGACCUCUAGCAGCAGAGCCAGAUUACAUUGUGCACCCACCAUGAGUCUUGACAUCCAGUGUGAGCAGCUGAGUGAUGCCAGAUGGACAGAGGUCCUUCCCCUCAUCCAGCAAUACCAAGUGGUCAGGCUGGAUGACUGUGGUGUCACUGAGGUGCGAUGCAAAGACAUCAGCUCAGCGAUCCAGGCCAACCCUACCUUAACAGAGCUCAGCCUAUGCACCAAUGAGCUGGGAGAUGCUGGUGUACACCUGGUGCUCCAGGGCCUGCGGAAUCCCACCUGUAAGAUCCAGAAGCUGAGCCUUCAGAACUGCAGCUUGACGGAGGCUGGCUGUCAGGCUCUGCCUGACGUGCUGCGGUCUUUGCCUACCCUGCGUGAACUACAUCUCAGUGAUAACCCUCUGGGGGAUGCAGGCCUGAAGCUGCUCUGUGAAGGACUUCUGGACCCCCAGUGCCGCCUUGAGAAGCUCCAGUUGGAAUACUGUAACCUCACAGCUACCAGCUGUGAGCCCCUGGCUUCUGUGCUCAGGGCAAAAUCCAACUUUAAGGAGCUAGUGUUGAGCAACAAUGACCUCCAUGAGACUGGUGUCCAGAUGCUGUGCCAGGGCUUGAAGGACUCUACCUGUCAACUGGAGUCACUCAAGCUGGAGAACUGUGGUAUCACAUCAGCCAACUGCAGGGAUCUGUGUGAUGUCCUGGCCUCCAAAGCCUCGCUGCAGCACCUGGACCUGGGCAGCAACAAGCUGGGUAAUGCAGGCAUCGCAGCCCUGUGCUCGGGACUGCUGCUCCCCAGCUGUAGGCUCAAGACUCUGUGGCUGUGGGAGUGUGACAUCACUGCAGAGGGCUGCAAGGACCUGUGCCGUGUCCUCAGGGCCAAGCAGAGCCUGAAGGAACUCAGCCUCGCUGGCAAUGAGCUGAGGGAUGAAGGUGCCCAGCUGUUGUGCGAGAGCCUGCUGGAGCCCGGCUGUCAGCUGGAGUCACUGUGGAUAAAGACCUGUAGCCUCACUGCUGCCUGCUGUUCCCAUAUCUGCUCCGUGCUGACCAAGAAUCGUUCUCUGCUGGAGCUGCAAAUGAGCAGCAACCCACUGGGGGACUCAGGAGUCCUGGAGCUUUGCAAGGCCCUGGGCCAGCCAGACACUGUGCUGCGUGUGCUUUGGCUGGGGGACUGUGAUGUGACAGACAAUGCCUGCAGCAGCCUUGCUGCAGUUCUGCUGGCUAACCGCAGCCUGCAGGAGCUGGACCUCAGUAACAACUGCAUGGGGGACUUGGGUGUCCUGCAACUGAUGGAAAGCCUCAAACAGCCCAGCUGUACCCUUCAGCAGCUAGUCCUGUAUGACAUUUACUGGACGGAGGAGGUAGAAGACCAGCUGCGGGCCCUGGAGGAGGAACGGCCAUCCUUGAGGAUCAUCUCCUGAGAUGUGCGUGUCUCUGGACACAUGACAUCAAUCCAGCCCCAGGGCCAGCCAGCAGGAACUCUGGCUCUGGGUGUUCUAGCAUUGUAAUCUUAUUUUAGCAGAAAACUUUAGACACGUUAUAACUAUUAAAACUUUGUUGGCAAGGAA